AUGGGCUGGUUCCAGCGGGCCCGGGAGUCGCUCUUCUCUGUGACUGGCAUCUCCACUGUUUGCUUGUUUGCUGCCAGCUGGUUCCUUGCCACGGACCUCAUCCGUGACUACUUAGCUGCCAAGCGUGCUUCUGCACGAAGAGCUCUAGAGGACCAGAUGCGCGUACAGCCGCGCGUUUGGUCUGCCCAUGAGCUUGCCCCAUUCGACGGCAGCGACCCCAGCAAGCCGAUUCUGAUUGGUGUAGAUGGUGAGGUCUUCAAUGUAUGGCGGGGCCGUGACUUCUAUGGCAGCAACGGGCCCUACGGCAUGUUUGCUGGCAAGGACGCCACAAGAUACUUUGCCAAACAGGUGGUGACUCUAGAGGAAGACGACGGGAAGGAUCUCACAGAAGAGGAGAAGGACAACAUGAAGAGCUGGAAGGAGUUCUUGAGAUACAAGUACGAUUUCGCUGGCACCCUUGCCUAG